GACCAGCAGCACAAUGGUGACGUCACAUUUAGACGGUUGCCUAGCAAGCAAUUAGCUAGCUGCUCUUGGCUUAAUAAUACAGAACAGCAGCGUAUUAAACACUCUAAAAUGAAAUAUGAGAUAACUAUGGUCACUUCAGACGCAUUUUUCCUAUUAACGUUAAUGUUUCCCUUCUUUAUUCUUUGCUUAAAUCUGGCUGGCGCGUUUCAGCAACCUUAGCGCGCUGUAGGAUAAUUGUAGUCUUUUCGACUUCCAUAGACGCAACGUUGCAAGGGGCGAGACAUCCUUUAUGAACUACAAAUCCCAGAGCCCCUCGAUUACGCAGUUUGACAACACACAGACGCUUCUUGUCUUUCCUACUACAGCUAACGCUAGCUGUGGUCUGGGUCGAUAGGAUGGGUGUAUCAGAUUUACAGUUUGAUAGAAAUGCUGGACCUGUGGUGGAUCUUUCAGCCCGAGGUAUGCAGAAGUUGGAGCCCAGUUUCACCUGCUCAGAAGACACUCACACUCUCAUCCUGGACGGGAACAACAUCAUGAAGCUGGACCACCUAGAAAGGAAUCCAGGCCUUCAGCAGCUGUCUGUAGCCAGUAAUCGUCUGGUGAGAAUGAUGGGUGUGUCUCGGCUGACAGAGUUGAGAGUCCUAAAUCUUCCCAAUAACAGUAUAGGCUACAUUGAGGGGCUGAGAGAUCUGCCUCACCUAAAGUGGCUCAACCUCUCUGGCAACAAUAUUAAGGUCAUUGAGCAACUUAACAACUGUGUCUCUCUUCAACACUUGGAUCUGUCUGACAAUAACAUAUCUGCCAUUGGUGAUCUGACCAAACUGGUGGCACUAAAGACUCUGUUACUUCACGGAAACAGCAUCACAACACUCCGAACUGUCCCCGCUCACCUUCCUGCCCAAUUAUCUAUUCUCUCCCUGGCAGAAAAUGAGAUUAGGGAUCUUAAUGAAAUGUCAUACCUGGCGCCACUUCAUGAGCUGGAGCAGCUUUCCAUCAUGAGCAACCCUUGUGUUAUGGCGACCCCAUCUCUGCCUGGUUUCGACUAUCGGCCAUAUGUCAUGAGUUGGUGCCUGAGCCUGAAGGUCCUGGAUGGCUAUGUAGUGACACAGAAAGAGGGUCUGAAAGCUGAGUGGCUCUACAGUCAGGGCAAAGGUCGCUCAUAUCGACCAGGGCAGCACAUUCAACUGCUGCAGUACCUGGCCACUGUCUGCCCUGUGACGGCAUCACCUGCCAUCACAGCUGAGGAUGCCAAAUUGGAGAAGAUUCUCAGUAAACAGAGGUUUCAUCAGAGACAACUGCUGGAGGAGACCCGGGGAGGCUGUCGCAGUCCUCCUCGACCAACUCAGCUUGAUGUGGAGAGUCACAGUCCGUCACAUAGAGUUCCACAAGGGGGAGCCAGAGAGUUGAAGAAUAUCACUGUACCUGGACCAGCUGUUCCAUCAGUCCCGCAGACAGAGCCAGUUGUUCGGUUUAACACCUGGGUGAGCUCUGACUCUUCCAAUCCGUCACUGCCCAUAGUAUGUCGCCCAAGGCUCAGCGAGGAACAAAUUUAUUUGGAGGAUGUGCAGACAGGUGAGGACAAACUCAACAGUAGCAUACUUUCCUCAGAGUCCACCUUCAUCCCCUUCACACCUGAUCUGGAGCCACGAUCGACCCACUCUGACAGCGAGGACGAGACGGAGACAUUCGAGCCAGAUUCCCUGGCACCAAAGCACCCAGCGCAGUCCAAAAAGCAAAACGCCAACAAUCCACAGCAUCCACCCACAGUAGAGCAGCACGAGAGAAAGAAGCUUGAAGGAGAAGAAGUUAUUUCUGCUACAGAUUCAACAUCUAGUGGAUUGCUAGGAGUCAGAGUUAGCACUCUACAGAAUGACCUAGAUAGUGAUUUUGUUAAAGCUGAGGUGAAAGAAGUUGAGAGUAAAUCAAGUGUGACAGAAGCAGACAGAGCUGCAAUUAAAAUACAGUCCUGGUGGAGAGGCCAUUACACGCGGUGCUGUCACCCCAUGGCCAGAGAGGUGCGCAGUGAAAUCCGUCUACGCAGGAUGCAGGAACACAUCCUCUUCCUGUCUGAGAAGUUGGAUCAUGUGCAGAAGCAGUAUGAGGAGGAGAGGCUGCAAAGGCUCGUUCAGGAGGAAGCUUUGAAGUUUCUAUGGAAAGAGUUCCAGGCUAUGCAGCAGUGGAAGCAGUCUGUGGAGCAGCAGCUGGCAGUCGUUACGCAAGCCGCCACCCCUGCUCAGAUCUCAUCCCCUGGACUUUGCAAGGCCACCCCACCCGUUGCUUCCAGUACCACCAACCCACCCAGCACAGAUGUCUCCUUCCCAGACUCUGGCUUCCAGUUGACUUGCGAUCAGCAGGUGGCGCAAGAGGACAGCUUCCUGAGCAGUGGGACAGCAGACUCUCUGAAAACAGUGCGAGCGCUAAGCCCCGUUUGUAGUGGCCUCGCUAAUGGCAGCGAUGGAGCAGACAGUGCAGACUGCAGCCUGCUGGAGCAAUAUCUGUCCUCUGUACAGCAGAGGGAGGAGGCAGAGGAGGCAGUUAGCGAUAGAACAGAAACGCCACAGCUGUCCUCACCGGCAUCACCCAGCAAGGUGGCACAGACUAGCUCCCCCAUGGGGAAGGCAGCAGAAUCAGCUCCUGGCUCUACCUGAGAGUCCUCACCCGUUAGAAAACUGUAUAGAACCACUGACUGAGUGUGUGUAAAUUAACACUGAGCAUAAGCUUAGAGACAGAUCUUUCUCUGCAGUCAUCUUAAUUAAUAACCCAGAAAACAGUGGUCUUAGCUCUAAAACCAGAUUGAAACAAGUACAGUCCUCUGAAUGUAGCUCUAGUGCUUCUUUAUACUCCAACACUUUGAUCCAUUCUUUUAUUAAUGAACAUUUUCCUCUCUGUGUAAAGACACUGAAUGUGAUGUAACUUAAGAAGGUAUCAGUAAAGUGAAAGUAGAGGUUACUACCUCUGCCUACUAAGACAGACAUGUUGUGACCUGUUACUUCUACUGUUUGGAAAAGUAGAAGUUGCUGUGUUAAAGAAUUGCACUUGUAACGACACAUAUGCUUUACUAUAUAUCUCUGUUGUUCCAACCAGUGUGGAUGGCUGGCCUGCUUUGUAUUGACUGCAGGUCAGCAUUAACUGAUAAUCAACAGAAAAAUGUCAUGUAUCCCUAUCUUGUGAAAAAUGUAAAUAAAUAUGUACUUAUAAUUUUCUAA